CAGCAGGGCGCGGAGCCGGGCCCUGGAACGGCCCGGGACAGGGGGCGGCGGGCCCCGCGCUUCCCGGGAGGCCGGCUUUUCCAGAGGGGACCGGGGGCCUCCUCUUCAGCAGGUAGGAACCUCUCUGCUCUAGCUCUGCAUCCUGGAGAUGGCCUCACCCAAGGUUGCAGUGGUGGGUGCGGGAGUCAUCGGCCUGUCCACAGCACUGUGCAUCACAGAGACUUGUCCCAGCUGCUCUGUAACAGUCCUUUCGGACCAGUUCAGCCCCAACACAACGAGUGAUGUGGCAGCUGGGAUGCUCAUCCCUCACACCUACCCAGACACACCGAUCCACAGGCAGAAGCAGUGGUUCAAAGAGACCUUCACUUACCUUUUUGCCAUCAGCAACUCAGCCGAGGCAUCAGAGGCUGGCAUUCACCUAGUCUCUGGUUGGCAGGUCUUUAAAAGCACUCCCAAAGAAGAGCUACCUUUCUGGUCAGAUAUUGUGCUGGGAUUUCGAGCAAUGUCUGAAGCAGAACUCCUAAAGUUCCCACAGCACCGAUUUGGUCAGGCCUUUACAACCCUCAAAUGUGACUGCCCACCCUACCUGCUGUGGCUGGAGAAAAGGUUGAAGGCAACUGGCACCCAGAUGUACACCAGGAAAGUGGCAGACUUGUGGGAACUGCACAGUGAAUAUGAUGUCCUUGUCAACUGCGCAGGCAUCGGAGCUCACCAGCUGGUGGGGGACAAGCAGCUCUUCCCUGUCAGGGGACAAGUACUCAAGGUUCAUGCUCCUUGGGUGAAACACUUCAUCCGGGAUGGAGAUGGCUUAACUUACAUCUACCCAGGGAUACACAGGGUGACCCUAGGGGGAACCAGGGAAGAGGGGAGCUGGAGUCUCUCCCCUGAUGCUGGCACUACUAGAGACAUCUUUGAUAGAUGCUGCUCCCUUGAGCCCUCACUGCAUGGAGCUCAGGAUAUCCAGGUGAAGGUGGGCCUGAGGCCGUCCAGGAAGUGUGUGAGAGUGCAAAGAGAGGUUUUGAGCCAAGGAGGAGUUAAGGUCCCAGUGGUCCACAACUAUGGGCAUGGGGCAGGUGGCUUUUCAGUGCACAGGGGCACAGCCAACGAGGCUGCUCACCUGGUAGGAAAGUGCAUUUCUGCUCUGCAAGGCUCCUCAUCGAGGGCCAAGCUUUGAAUCCCAGAUGCUCCUUUUCCAUUUACAGCUAGUGCUGCAUCUCCUAGCAGCAGCUUGAUCUUUUAGUCCAUUACUGUAUAGAAGGGAACUAAGUCAACAGCUUGUUCCAGUGCAGAUACUCAGUGGUAUCUUCUAUCACCUUGGAAAGGCAUAAUGUGUUGAUCCAAGUAUUAGUCCAGCUGAUCGUCUCCUCCAUCUGCCCUGGCAUUUGUCCUAGCCUCAUGUGAAGAAGACAAGAUACAUAAAUACUCUUCACAUAACAGGGUUCAAAUUGCUGCAGUGUAGUACAAAUAACAUCAAUUCAGCAUUUCUGCAUCUAAAGGGUGUCAGAUGCAGUAGGCUCAGAUUCAGUAAAAAUAAGUUGUCUCCUCUUGUACCAAAUCUAAUCUAGAAUUGCCCUUGUUUAUCAUUGUCUAUAUGAUUUAGAAGGAAAAGAAAACUCCAUGCAGUGCCUCAUUACAAUGCUUCAGGUCAGCUCUUACAGAAAGCAGUGUUAGGUCACUGUCACACACAGUGACCAGGCAAGUGUGAUUUUAAGAGCAGGUCUAUGAUACCCAUCACUGCAUUUGCUCAUAUUGCACUUCAGGGAACUUACAGUUUCUGCUAAUAUUGCCCCACAUGAGCUACAGUUUUGUGCGUAUUUUCUCACACUAGUUUGCAAAUCUGUUUUCUUCCUUCAAGGCACUCAGAUUUUGCUCUCAGACACCAAUGAUUUCCCCCCAUCUCCUCCCCUCCUCCCCCGCACAGCAACAUUGAUAUGGCCUUUGUUCAGUUGAAGAGGAUUUUUCAGAGUGGGCUUGGGAAUGCAACAUCUCUUUUCUACUUCAUAACAACACUGGCUGUUUUCCUUGCAACAGCUGAUAUGAAUAAAUUGGAGACAAACCUACAAGGAUUUUAACACCAGCAUCAGUUUCAUAGAAGAGCCAUUUAAGACAAGAUACACACUUUAAAGAAAAAUUUGUCUGUAACUGGACAUGAGCAAGCCCUUCUGCUGUAAAAAGGCUGAGUCACCAGAGCCCGGAUCUUUUCACUCCGUGGCAGAGGCUCUGUUGGGCUUUACACCCCCCUCAGCAAUUCAAGCCCUUUGAUGUGUCUGAAGAUAAUCACUCCCCAGAAUGGCAUCUUACCAUCAAAGUACAGGUCUGACUCUUAGUGAUUAAAUGCCUCAUUAAAUCUUAAAUGGCUCACUUGAGAGUGUUAUCAUCCAUUUUUGUCUAGCUUUUUUGUCCAUAGAAUUACAAAACUAUUCAAAAUCCUUCAAUAAUUUCAGUGAUUAAAAUUAACUGAUAAAUAAAUUUCUAAUAGUGGAGCAAAGGUCACUUCUGUAGUGUUUCCUUUCAUAAGCAAGGGAUUUUCUUUCAUUUGGGAUGGCAAGAAAGGCCACAUUCAGCCAUGGCUGCCAACUCUUGCUGUUCUCAGGGGGGAUGAGGACAGUUAUCAUUUGCAAGGGACAGCUGUCAGAGGAAACCAAAUUAAAUUAUAGGUCAAUAAGUGCCUGGGACCAGCCUAAGCCAGCCCUGCCUUCAGCAGCCUCGUCCUCUUUUUCUCAGUUCUGAAGGCUAAUUUUGCAUUCCCCCCUCCGUCCCCCCCAUUUGUCCUUUCCAGUGGUAUGAGAGGACAGAGCUGCAGCUUUUGGCAGCAGUGUUGGCAUAGGGCUUGUCAAACUGCAGCUUUGUCCUCAGCUAACACAAAACAUUAAAAUACAUGGAAAAAGAACUUAAGAAUGGAUUCUUUUUUCUUAAUCUUUAUUUUAAGCUUAAAAAUAGCAAACUGUGUAACUUACCCUGGAGCAAGAAACACUACUGCUAAUAAUAGGGUGAUCAUAGCUCCAUAAAAAAAGCAAAGCUAUGCUUCUGCACUU